CGAUGCGAGCGGCUCGUUGCGGGGGCCUACUCGUUGCAGCACCAACGCCGACCACGACCACGCCGACCAUCACACGACGUCUCUUCCAAUCCGAAUCAUCAAUCAUCUGCUACGACAUGCGACUCAGGACGUGGUCCACCUAGUUCAGCUCACACCUGCAUCAGACCAAGGCAGCAGCGAUGCCAGCUCCGGCCGGCAAGUCGGUCUCCUUUUUGGCGAACUGCACUAUCAUUCCUAUCGGCUUUGUCAGACCAGACAGCAUCACAGGCAAGACUACUGGGACCGUCAAAGUCCAUGCAGCAUCAACGUCGUCCCGUCAUCUAGCAACUGCUCAAUGGCAAUGGCAGAGCUCAAAGGUGUGCUCAGCGGCCAGGGACCCUCAGCUGCGCAGAGAGGUCCUUGGUGCCUCGCCGCAAAAGAAGCGUCAGAGGAGAUGGAGCUGCUCAGAUCGCGAUGAGCUCGUGCAAGCUUCUCCCGGCAGCGCUGCCAACGAAGGCUUUCCAGAGAAUGCUUUCAACAAUGACCGGCGGUCGAGGCCGAGUGCCAUUCGUAGACCCACGCCGGCAAUAGCUCAGCCAGUCAAGAGGCUGUCUGCGCCUUCGUCGAAGCCUAUGACAGCUACAACGCUUCCACAAAGCGAGGGCCCGCGCAAAGUCUCAGCUGUCGUCGCUGCGCCGAGAGCUGCGUACCGGCCCCUCAAUCUAGGCCAAGGGGACGAUCAUCUCGAGGGCCCCGCUACUGCCCCGAGUCCGACGGCAUCUGCCAAUUCGUCUUACAUCGCUGCCAUGCCGGAUACCACACCUCGCUUUGACAAAUCUCAAGGGCUUCCCGUCAUAUCUGCGCGGGAGCAUCAGAGGCUAAAGAAUGGCGACAGCGGACGUCCACUCCGCCUGAUGAGAUCUGCUCCGGAUCUCCUCGCCUCUGCCUCGUACAGCCCCGCCUCAUCAUCCUCUCCGCUCCCGCCACAAUCGUGCUCUUCCCCCACUGCCUCGACCAGACCUGCUCUACCCGGCAAACAUCGAAGCUGGCUCUCCAAGAAGCUCACACGACACCGCGACCCGGAUCCUGAUACAGACCACGAGGACCACGACCCGACUUCUCUCUCGCCACGCCAAGCCUACCUCCUCCUCACUACCUCACCUCUCAACACAGCUUGUAUCUGCGUGCACUGCUCAGGGCGUAUACGUGCCGGACUCAGCCCAGGUUACGUCCCGCAUUGGAGCAAGGGAGCUAGGGCGAAGUGGCUGGCGGACAGGAAACAGGCCGAGAUGAUGGCAGCGGCGCAAGGACCGGUAGAGACCGUAGCGUUGCAGAAAAACGCACUGAGCGUGGGACCAGGAAAAGCUGCUGCUGCUGCUGCUGCUGCUGCUCAUCACCAGGCUUUGAGCCUCAACAACGGACCGCAGGGCAUUGUGCUGCGGAACGCUCGCUCGCCCCCUCCACCAGGGAUGCAGAAGUAUGAUCCGCCUGAACAGCAAAGCGGGCGAGGCAAGACGGCCGUGGCUAUCAAGAUCGAUGGGCCCGAGCCUCGCAGAGAGGCUCCGACGACAGCUGAGGAGAAGGCAGGGGUCGACGAUGAGGAUGAUGCGGAUGCUGCGGCUGACUUGAGGGACAUUUUCUCUGGAUCGGGUCCUGCCACGCCUGGUGGUCCGUCGCUAGGCGCAAGCGCCCCACCCUUGCAAGUCGACGAGGUCGAUCAGAAGCGCGGGGAGGUACAUCGGCCUGACGACGACAUUGAGCGUCCAGCAUCACCUCCCACAGCUGCUGCGUCUCCGGGGAUCAUCGACACUCUCGAAGCGCGAGCCGAGCACUGCGCUCCGACACCUUCUGACCACGUCGCCUUAGCCGACCCCUCUUCUCAUCCCCUCGACUCCGAUCCUUCACUCCGCUCUCAAGUUCAACGCGACCUUGCGCAGCGAAUGGAGCGUCGACGUUCUGACCAGGCCAUCCGACGUGGAGGGGCUCGCGGCAUGCUCGCACAGCUGGAGGAGGCGGAUCGGCGGGAAGAGGUUGCGAGGGAACGCAGAGGAGUAGCGAGGAGGAGGGAGAGCAGUGAGCGUGCGGAAGAGGGUGAAGAUGUUAGACCAAUGGGAGCGUGGACCCCGCCAUUGCCUGGGGACAGGGCGACCAGUCCCUCUUUGCGGCUCUCACCGUCCAAUUCUGCAUCAGCCGCUAGUGGUGGGCUCGGAUUGCUACGACGCUCCCCUUCGCCCAGCCCCUUGCUGGAGCGCAUCAAGACUGCAGUCAAGCGUCCGUCACUCGACGGGAUGCAUCGCUCCUCCUCGCCGGGCAUGUUGAGAUCACCUUCGCCCCUCUCUGCCGGGGCUCACGCUCAUGGUCACGCAGGAGGGGCAGGGGUGCCUGUCGUCCGCACUCCUUCACCCUUCCUGGCUAGAAGUCCGACCAUUCCUGAAGAGUCAUUUCAGCCUACGACUCGAGUGGCAUCGGGAUCAGGCCCAGCCCUCUCCUCUCCCCUGGCGGUCCACCCUCCCACUUGCUCCACCACAACCUCGGUACCAACAGCCGAAGAACAAGCACAGGCCGAUGCCUUGCCACCACAGAUACGCCCCUCAGCUUCACGGCGUAUUGCGUCGUCGUCUUCCUCUUCGUCCAGCUCAGCAGCCACUGCGGCAAUGGCCGCUGGUAUGAGUGCCGGCGGAGCGCUAGGGCUGAGCUUGUCGCCUACGAGUUCGAGGAGCAGUGUGGGAGAGGGUGCGGGAGGGAGUGCAGUCGCACAACAGGGUAAGGAUAAGAAGGCGAAGCAGGCGGUCAGCUCGCCAACUGGGAAUGAUGUUGCCUCUAGCCGGCAGAAGCAGCAGCAGCAGGCGGACAGCUUUCCCUGGAACGGCAAGACCAUGAAUGGCCCUGGGUCCACCAGUACCGCGCCCACUCAAUCAAAAGACGACCUCACCAAGGUGGCUAGCCCCUCCGCUUCCUCAUCCACCUUAACAGCCCUACGUCACUCCGGCUCCCUCUCGCGCUCGAGCGCAACAGGCGCCAUCAGUAGCGCGACCGUCGCGAGCGGGAGCGGGAGCGCGAGUGGUAGCGUCCGCAGAUCCAAGACCCUCCCACCUAGCUCAGCGAAAGCAGCUUUGUCUCUCCUACAAUCGCAGGACUCCAACCUAACCGCCUCUGCCGUGCGAGGGGGCUCCUCUGGUGGCUCGAACAGCAGGCGAGGAAGUCAAGACGUCCUCCAACCCUCUGCUUCCAUCACGCCUACCCGAUCCCCGGCUCCGGUGACUUCACCAGCACAAGAAGCGCAAGCUUCAGCGGAGACGGACCGUAGGUUGAGGCGACGGAGCUUCCAGAGGAGGAUUAGUGCGCCUUUGGCUGCAGCUAAGGGACGUUUCUUUGGUGGGUUGGGAACUGGGAGUGGGGAUAGGGGCGCGUAGGGCCCUACGAUGAGGGCGAUCAGGCGCAGCGAAGGAUGACUGGGGGAACGGAUCUUUACGCUCUGCUACGGUACGCUACGGACGAUGCAAUGUCAUUUUGAUACCCAUUGCGCUCGCUUGUCGUCGUGCUUGAUCGGAUGCCGAAGCGCCGUUUUGCUGCAAGCCACGGCAUGGUCUACGGCCGGGCUCAGCAUGGUAAGGUCCUCGACCUCCCAUCUCAGCUUGAGGCGCCGAGGUAUGACUAGCUUGAGCGUGAUGAUGCGACAGAAUGUCAAGUGAGGUCAGAAC